GCCUGGGAAUCGGAUGUUUCAGGCACCCGGUUGGGACUUAAAGAACGUCCGCUGAGCCUUAGCCGGAAGCUGGGAAGCCGGAGUUAAAGCACCGGCUCCGGGCGGGCGCGGCAGCUGUCUAGCGCUCUUCCCUCGCUGUUUGCCGGCUGCCAUGUGGGCCACCCGGAGGUUAGCUCUGUGGCGGUGUGCCUGCGCUGCUGCCCGCGGGCUGCGCGCCUAUCACGGGGACUCGGUGGCCACGCUGGGUACUCAGCCGGACUCGGGCUCUGCCAUCUACCAGGUAGGCUGGAAACAGAUGGGAGCGAGGUUGGGCACUCUUUAUGAACGAGCACAGAAGAUAAGACUAGGAGGUAACGAGAAAGCCCGAGAACGUCACAUAUCGAGAGGAAAACUGUUACCCAGAGAAAGAGUUGACGGUCUUUUGGACCCAGGGUCUCCGUUUCUGGAAUUUUCCCAGUUUGCAGGUUACCAGUUAUAUGGUAAUGAGGAGGUCCCUGCCGGUGGCAUUAUUACAGGCAUUGGGAGAGUAUCAGGAGUAGAAUGUAUGAUUGUUGCCAACGAUGCCACUGUCAAAGGAGGCACCUACUACCCAGUGACUGUGAAAAAACAUUUACGGGCUCAAGAAAUUGCAAUGCAAAACAGGCUCCCUUGCAUCUACUUGGUUGAUUCAGGAGGGGCAAACUUACCUCGACAAGCAGAGGCAUUUGCAGAUCGAGAUCACUUUGGCCGUAUAUUUUAUAAUCAGGCAAUUAUGUCUUCUAAAAAUAUUGCACAGUGUGUUUUACUCUGUAGAAAGUCUGGAGUCUCUGACUACUAUGCUUUGGACGAUAAUCACGCCCUUCACUUAACUAGGAAGAUUGUGAGGAAUCUAAAUUAUCAGAAGAAAUUGGAUAUUACCAUUGAGCCUUCUGAAGAUCCUUUAUUUCCUGCUGAUGAAUUGUACGGAAUAGUUGGUGCUAACCUUAAGCGGAACUUUGAUAUCCGAGAGGUCAUUGCUAGAAUCGUGGAUGGAAGCAGAUUCAACGAGUUCAAAGCCUUAUAUGGAGACACAUUAGUUACAGGAUUUGCUAGAAUAUUUGGAUACCCAGUUGGUAUCAUUGGAAAUAAUGGAGUUCUCUUUUCUGAAUCUGCAAAAAAGUCUUCUAAGUCACCCAUGGUUAUGUCAGGUUUAAAGGAAAGAGGGCUCUUCAUUAGUUGCGGGGAUCAGGCAAACCUUCAUGAGAAGAGGCAGUUGGCUCUUGACAGACACAAGGCUUUAAAUAGUCCUGGUGGAUUUAUGGUUGGUAGAGACUAUGAAGCUGAAGGAAUUGCCAAGGAUGGUGCCAAGAUGGUGGCUGCCGUAGCCUGUGCCAAUGUACCUAAGAUAACUCUCAUCAUUGGGGGAUCCUACGGGGCUGGAAAUUAUGGGAUGUGUGGCAGAGCAUACAGCCCAAGAUUUCUUUACCUGUGGCCAAAUGCUCGUAUCUCAGUGAUGGGUGGAGAGCAGGCAGCCAAUGUGUUGGCGACAAUAGCAAGAGACCAAAGAGCACGGGAAGGGAAAGAGUUUUCCAGUGCUGAUGAAGCAGCUUUAAAAGAGCCCAUCUUGAAGAGGUUUGAAGAGGAAGGAAACCCUUACUAUUCCAGUGCAAGGCUAUGGGAUGAUGGGAUUAUUGAUCCAGCGGACACCAGACUGGUCCUGGGUCUCAGCCUCAGCGCAGCCCUCAAUGCCCCAAUCCAGAAGACCGACUUUGGCAUCUUCAGGAUGUAACUGGAAUAGAAAGCAUCUUCUACUGGCCACAUACCAAAAAUUAAUAUAUUCGGAGCACUAAAACUUUAGACUUUUUCAGCGUGUGACUAUUACAGUAAAAUUGUUUUUUUAACACAGUGCACUGUACUUUUCUACCUUAAAAAAAUCGGUGAAGGUAUUAUUUGAUGAACCUCAAUCCCCUGUAAAUUUUCUUAGAGAGAUUUUUCUGUGGCUCAGCUUGAAUCACCCAUAAAGUGAAAAGAAUAACUUACAGUUACCCUUUUUAAACCACAUGUAGUAUGAAAAGUCCUAUAAGCUAUAAAUUCCGGGUAGUAUCAAGACUAUUAAUACAAAGUUGUAUUCCCACUGAAAUGAUUGCUUUGCUGAUUAUGAUUAUGCAUGAUAUUUUAAUACAUUUUUAUUUUUUAAAAGCAUCUAUUACUUUUCACUCCAGCAACUGUCCUACUCCUUCCCAUAGUAAUCAGAUUUCUUGCUGACUGCACAGGAGACUCUAUUUCUUACCCAUUUUCUCCUCACCCUACCCCUCGUGGCAUCCACUGCCGACAGCCCUCUCCAAGGCCACCAUUGACCUCCAUGUUGCUGAAACCAGUGGGUUCUUUUCUGACUUGAUCAGAUGUAAUUCUCUGCAGCCUUCAAAUCCGUUGAACACGUCCUCCUAGAAACGCUGUCCUUAGCUUCCAUUUCCUAACACUCCAGGUUUUCUACCAACCUCUUUGGCCAUUCUUGUUUAGUUUCCCUCGCAGGCCCCUCUUCUCUGCUGAUUCCUACACCCCUUCACUAUUGUCCUGGUUUCUCACUAGUAAUAAUGGAUACAGUCUUACUUUGAAAGAUAAAAGUAACACUCACAUAUCUCCUCAUUCUUUUUUAAAUUGUGGUACAUAACAUAACAUUUACCAUUUUACCAUAUUUUAAAGGUACAGUUC